AUGGAGUUGCGAUCGGGCCGCCGCCUCACCUCUCUGCCGCCGCGCAACAAGUCAUCGCCGUCCAACAUCGAUAUCGGCCAGGAUGAGGACGUGAUCAGCACGCUUCCCGACCACCUCCUCCUCGGAAUCCUCGAACGCCUCCACCUGCGUGAGGCGCUCCGUGUUGGCGCCGCCUCCACGCGCUGGCGCCACCUCCCACACCAGCUCUCGCACCUAGAGCUCGGGGUCGACCAGUUCCAUGGCGCCACGCCGGUCGAGAUCAUGGACGCGUUCACGGGCUCGGUGCGGAGGUUGCUCUCCGUGUGUCCUCCUCCGUGCCCCGCGUGCAGUCGUGCUAUCAAGACCCUCGUCCUACGCUUCUACAUGUCGGACCCUCUGCAACUGAGCUCCAUCGGCGGCGGCGUUGAGGACAUCGUCAGCCGCGGCGAGACCGAAUGGCUCGAGUUUUAUAUAUUACCGCCGGCCUCGAGCACCGACGAGAUAACUCAGCUGCUCGCCGAGAUGGGGCAGGCGGAGCGGUUCAUGUCCUUCUCCCGUGCCUGCCCCGUCGCCUUCCGGUGGCUCACCAGGCUAACCCUCCAGAACCUAGCGUUUGGAGACGAUGACGUCGCGGGUCUUAUUAAAGCUUGUGAUAAGCUCAAGCACCUCAUCCUGACAUCUUGCAGACUGGUUGAUCAUCACUCCGCACUCAAGAUCGACACACCGUGCUCCGGGCUCCAGGAGCUUCAGUUCAUUGACUUUGCUUGCACAUGUAUCGAGCUCAUCUCCGUCCCCAAGCUAAGAGAAAUAUGGUGCUGGUCUUGGCCCUGCAAUAGCCCUCCGGUGCACUUCGGCCACGUUCCCGAACUUCUUGAAGUGAACCUCGGUUCACGUGCUGGGGUGUGGCAGGCGCCAUUUGCGCUAAGCGAGUGCUUGAGUGCCACGAAUCUGUCGAGAUUGUAUCUCAAUUUUGGUUGCGAAAUGAUUUGGAUUCAACUAGAACAUCCUAAGCACCUCACUAAAAUAUUCAGAAACCUGACCGAGGUGUAUCUUUACUGUAUCUUUCCUGAGUGCGAUCUGAACUGGACCAUGUUCAUCGUCGAAGCUGCACCUGCCCUACUGAAUUUUACAUUGGACCGAAAUCAGCAUCCAUGUGUCAAAACGUCUGAGCAUAGUGCCCAGAAGACCAACAUGUUGUGGGAACCAUCCAAGGAUUGGAAGCACCUGAACUUGAAGUUAUUGGCGAUGUCAGGGUUCGAGGAGGAAGAGAAGGUGACAAACUAUCUAAGGCUUUUCAUGGAACGAGCCGUGGGCUUGAAGAGAAUCGAGCUGCAUGGUAAACACCCCUGUGAUAAGUGCAAUGCCAUGGACCUUGAACUUGAGUCCACAAGAUCCCUUGUUGACAAAGCUAGCAGGUAUCGGAUUAAGGAGCGACUCACACAUGAAUUCUCCUUGUCUGUCAAGAUAACAAUAUGUUGA